UGAAACCUCGUCGUGGACCAGUUGUCUGUUGCAUGUCUCUCUGCCUUAUUGUGUAACCAUGAGUCUUGAAGGAUACCUGCCCAGAGGCCCAGGCUUUGCUACUGCUGCUAUUCAUGGUGGAAACGACCCGGAGAAAUGGAAUUGCAGAGCAGUGGUACCAGGCAUCUUCACAUCAACCACCUACAAACAAGAUGCCCCAGCUGAACAUAGGGGAUACGAGUAUGCCAGGAGCAACAACCCAACACGGGAGUGUGCUGAAGAAUGCUUGGCAGCUGUUGAAGGAGCCAAGCAUUGUUUGACUUUCUCAUCUGGUCUUGGUGCAACAACAGUCAUUGCAAGUCUUCUAGAUGCAGGGGACCAUAUAGUAGCGAUGGAUGAUCUUUAUGGUGGCACAUUCCGUUACUUUUCGAAGGUUCAUACUCGCAUGGGAGUAAAGAUAACAUUUGUUGAUGCUCGUGAUCCUAGCAAAGUGGAAGCAGCAAUGCAACCAAAUACUAAGAUGGUAUGGAUAGAAACUCCAACGAACCCUUUACUUAAAAUUGCUGACAUUCAAGCUAUCAGCAAAGUUGUCCAUAGCAAGCCUAAUGUAAUUUUGGUGGUUGACAAUACCUUUUCCACGUGC